UGACGGGGCAGGAGGAGGCGGCGGAACCUUUGCGAGCGGGGCCGAGCCCCGCGGCGGGAGAGAGCCGGAGCCGCACCGCCCGCGCCGCGCCGUUACCGAGGCAACCGCCGAGGCGGCGGCGCUGUAAGAUGGCGGCCGGGGAGCGGCGGGGCGCGGCGGGCUUUGCCUUCCGCCUGCUGCCUCAGAAAGCCUUCCCCUGCCUGCAGGACAGGGACAUUCGGGACCGGCUGCUUAAGUGGUCCAUGCACGGCAGGAUCACGGCACAAGCGUUCAGUUUUGACCAGCAGUUUAAGCCCUAUCAAAAGGAUGAAUUUGUUUUGGCGUUUUUUAAUGAUCCAAAUGUGAACUCCAGUUUAAAGUUGCUCUCACCUUCAGGACAGUGGACUACAUUGGGUUCCAAAGUGACAAAAAUUGAAGCUGUAGUAGUGCCCUGUACACAGAUUUCCAUGUCAUUUUUUGAUCGGCUCUACACCGAAGGACUUGUUAGAGAAACUGGACACAUUGUGAAAUGUUAUGAUGAAUAUUAUGAUGAUAUUCUUAUAUCUGAUGAAUUAAGGAAGGUCUUGCUUCUGGAAGAUUCAGACCAUUAUGACUUAUUCAGUCAAUCAGACCGCAAAGAAUUUCUGUUCUGUCUUUUUAAGCAUCUUUGUAUUGGAGGAGCUCUUUGCCAGUUUGAAGACAUGCUUGGCCCAUACUUAGAAACUACCAAAGCUUUAUAUAAAGACCUGGUGAGUGUUCAAAAGAAUCCUGAAACAAAAGAAAUAAGCAUUACUUCAACUGUCUUCAGAGUGUCUGCAUAUGACGAGGACGGCCUGCGGUACCCCUCGGGCAGAGGCCACGAGCAGACCUUCUCCUACUUGGCGGUGGACCCCUGCCGGCGCCACGUGCACGCCCUGUACCACUGCUACGGGGGCAGCGCGCUCUGCCCCUAAGACACCCCGGGCUCGUAGGGCCGGGACCCCCACACCUUGCUGCGAGGCCGGGGGAGAGCUGUGCAUAGCCUAACAUAACUUAACAUCGGGGUGCGUGGGG